UGCGGAAAUACAUGGACAUCACAUGUCCCUGAGUCCAUUCUUGUCCAAAGAGCUGCUGGCGUCGGAGUCUGCAGAAGGAUUCCAAAUCAAAGACACUGACUUUGUAGUUUAUUAUUUUUUAAAAAAGAACAAGAGAGUUUAGCUUUGCAUUUGGCUGAAUUGGCAAAGACUGGCUGCCUUUUGGGGUGCAAAUUGCACAGGAAUCCGAUCUGUUUUUUAUUGCCAUCAAUAAUCAUCCCUUCCCUUCUUUCCUUUCUCCCCUCCCCUUCCUCUCUCCCACCCCCUGUCCUUUCUAUCCCCUGCCUCCCUCCCCAUCCUAUCAUCACCACCAUGGAUGUUUUGGCGAAUUACAGUAUUUUCCAGGAAUUACAACUUGUCCACGACACAGGUUAUUUUUCUUCACAGCCUUCUUUGGAGGAGAACUGGCAGCAGACAUGCCUCGAGCUGGAGCGUUACCUUCAGACGGAGCCCAAGAAGCUGGUGGCGGAGCCCUUCCUCGAGGAGCUGGACUGGAUGCUGAGCGCCUCGGCUGGAGCGGGCGUCGAAGGCGGGGAGGCGGCUCGCCCCGGGCCCGGCGGCCACCUCCCUCUCCUGGGCGAGCUGCCUUCCACCCCCACCUCGUCGCCGCCGCCACCGCCGUUGGAGGAGGAGGAGGAGGAGCUGCACCUGCAGCAGGGUCCGGGGCCGUUCGCCUUCCCGAGCGCGGCCGAAGCCCCGGCGUCCGUUAACGCCGCGCGCCUCAAAGCGGUCACGUCACUGACGCCGCCGUCGUCGCCCGAGCUCGGGCGGCACGCGGUGAAGCCCGCGAGCGGCGCGGCGGAGCUCGAGGCCAGCAAGGCCGCUCACCGGAAAGCCGGCCUCGGCCUGCUCAAGGUCAUGAGUGAGAACGGACAGGGAGAGCUCGACGCCUCGGCCGACAACAAGAAGAGGGUCCACCGCUGCCUGUUCAAUGGCUGUCGGAAAGUUUACACCAAGAGUUCGCACUUGAAAGCCCACCAGAGAACGCACACAGGUGAGAAGCCAUACAAGUGCUCAUGGGAAGGUUGUGAAUGGCGUUUUGCACGGAGUGACGAGCUCACCCGACAUUAUCGGAAACACACGGGAGCGAAGCCUUUCAAAUGUAACCACUGUGACAGGUGUUUUUCCCGAUCUGAUCACCUCGCUCUUCACAUGAAGAGACAUGUUUGAGAAGAUACCGAACUCUACACAACACCAUGACAUGACUGUUAGCGGGGAAAUGACCUGUUCCUCAAGAACACAGACAUGUGGUCAACUUGUUGCCAUGUUGCAGUGAGCAUGUGUGCAUACAUGUUUGCGCGCGCGCACACACACUAUAGUUGUAUACACACCCACACACACACUAUAUCUUGGUUAUGCCUUAUCCAGUCUAUCGGUCAGUUAGACACUGCCAAAUGAUUACUGAUUUCAAUCACAUUUGGAUUUCUGUUGUCAUGGAAACCAAAGGGGAUUACAAACUUGAGACCACCUUCCAAGCCUUCACAGUGAGAACAGUUGGUCUACUCGCAAACCAAUUGGCCUUCCAGUCGUGGAUGUCCAGCUCCCGUCGGGGAUCAUCUCCACAUUGUCAGUGUUCUGCUGUUCAGACAAUAGGUGUUUGGGGAAAGACACAUCGAGACUACGUACAAGGAGAAGGAAAUGGUGGUUACAACCCAGUUCUGCAUUUCUGUCAUGUGUAACCUGGUUAUCGUCAGGUGUGGCCAAUGCCAACCCGUCGUGGGCCUUUUCAGCACUUGCAGCCGAGUGGGAUUCCCUUUAAUGCAGCAGAAGCACGCUUGCUCCUCAGUUGAAGAGGACAUCCAGUGUAGCGAAGUUUGAACAAUACAAACAAACGGUUGCUGAUGGCGUCCUGUUCAUUUUCGCUUGUAUACCCAAUACCUGUCCCCACACACUGCACAUUUGGAAGGAUCAAUGGCUGCUGGCACCACUUUGGUCUGAUCCAAAUACAGCCGCAGCUAGGCUUGUGGGAAUGGGCUGAAUCACCCCCUCCCCUUCAAAUGUGCUCCUCCCAAAUCUUUGCGUUGAACUGGUCUGAAAUAGAUGUGAAUUAGCUAAGUUAUAAAUGGUUUGCUUGGACCCUGUCCACCGCAGGCUGACUGC